CGUCGCUGAGGGAAGCGUUCAUGCGAUGGGGGGCCAGGCUUAUCGCCCAAGAACCCGACCGCGGAUUAUUUCGUGCAACGUCUGCGCAGCGAAAGGGCACGGACCAGAGGAUUGCCGGUUCCGUUCGGCCACAUGCUUUUAGUGCCAACAGCGGGGUCAUAUCGCCCGAGCUUGUUUCCGUCGGCAGAGCGAGUUCGUUGAGGGGCCACCAGGACUGUCGCGUCAGGUACACGCUCUGUCGUUUCGGGAGGAGGGCACCGCUGUGGGCACGAAUGAUAUAUUCACGCUGGAGGCAGCAGACAGUUGUGUCCGCCACGUCGGCAUCACGCAACCCACUGUGCGCACCUUGAAUUGUGCGGGGGUUCCAGUGAAUAUGCAGGUCGAUACAGGGACACCGGUGUCGGUCAUCACGUGACCCACCUAUGAGCAAAACAAAACAGUGUGGCCCAAGCUGCGUGGUUAGCCAGUGAAAGUGACUUGCUUCCUCGGAAGGCUUCCCGUGCGUGGACAACUCAAGCUGAAGGCUUCGUGCGGAAACCGGUCGACGGACGGAUCCCUGACAGUCCUCGGUUGCUCUGGCCCCAACCUGUGUGUACGAGGCUUGAUCCAGGGGUUCCACGUGCUCUAGGCGCCAGUUAUGAACGUGAGCGCAACAGGUUCUGGCGCGGUGCCCAAGUACUGCUCGUACCGCAGUCAUCCGGGCAUGUGCCUGAUGGGCGUGAAGCGCUUCUACUGGGACAAGCGGUCCAACAAGUGUCGCCAGUUCCACUACAACGGCCGCUUCGGCAACGCGAACCGAUUCGCGACGCUCGACGAGUGCCGAAGUGCCUGCGACGUCCGAAGAAAGUACGAGGCAAUAUACAUGUGAAAAGAAGACGCGGGUAGAUCGGAAGACAUGCAUCCUCGUUCCCCGAUAGUACGUAAUAAAAAGCAAGCCGGUACUUCGUUC